UCGUGGUCAUUUGACUGUAGGACCGGUGGGAAACGGUCGGUCACUAAUGUCUGCAACACCCGGUGUUUGAGUUGCGGGAUGGAGUUUCGUUGAAAGACAGUAACGCUACGUGAAAUUAGUAUUUAGUGUCUCUGUCUACUAACGCAGCGAUAUAUAUCGGAGCACUCCCCCGAGCAACAUGGCGGAUAACAUUAUCAUCAGGGUACAAUCCCCAGAUGGGAUGAAGAAAAUUCCUGCUACCAAGAGGGAGACUGUUGCUGCUUUUAUUAAGAAGGUGGGCAACGAGUUUGGUUUCAAUUCCAAUGGGUUUUCUAUUUACCUGAACCGCAACAAGACCGGAGAGAUCCUGUCCCAGAACAAAACUCUGAGCCUGCUUAAGAUCAAGCAUGGCGACAUGCUGUAUCUGUUCCCUUCGGGAUCCCCUUCCUCCUCUGCGGAGGUGAUGGACACUGCCACCCCGCACUCCUCUUCAUCCAUGCCAUCCGUCUCAUCUUCCUCGUCCUCUUCUUCAUCCUCCAUGAUCCCCCGGUCCUUCUCAGCACCCCAGGUCCAAGAGGAUGAGAUCGAUCAGUAUCUGACCAAGCAAGACGGCAAGAUCUACAGGAACAAAGAUCCACAGCUAUGUCACCAUGGUUCCCUUGGAAAAUGCGUCCACUGUGUACCGUUAGAGCCUUUUGACGAAGACUACCUGAAUCACCUUGACCCCCCAGUGAAGCACAUGUCAUUCCACGCGUACCUUCGGAAGUUGACUGGUGGAGCUGAUAAAGGGAAGUUUGCAGCUUUGGAGAACAUCAGCUGUAAGAUCAAGUCGGGCUGCGAGGGCCACCCUCCCUGGCCGGAGGGGAUCUGCACCAAGUGCCAGCCCAGUGCCAUCACACUGAACAGACAGAAAUACAGACACGUGGACAACAUCAUGUUUGAGAACCACACCAUUGCCGACCGCUUCCUGGACUUCUGGAGAAAGACGGGCAGUCAGAGGAUGGGAUACUUGUACGGCCGGUACACUGAGCACAAAGACAUCCCUCUGGGCAUCAGAGCUGAGGUGGCUGCCAUCUACGAGCCACCACAGAAUGCCACUCAGAACAGUCUGGAGCUGGUGGAUGAUCCUAAAGCGGCAGCUGUGGACGAAAUCGCUGCCAAACUGGGCCUGUGCAAGGUGGGCUGGAUCUUCACUGACCUGCUGUCUGAGGAUACGAGGAUAGGCACCGUCCGCUACACGAGAAACAAUGACUCACACUACCUGAGCGCCGAGGAGUGCAUCACAGCGGGAUACUUCCAGAAUCUACAUUCAAACCCUUGCAGACUCUCUCGAGACGGCCAUUUUGGCUCCAAAUUUGUGACCGUGGUGGCAACCGGCGGUCCAGAUAACCAGGUGCACUUUGAGGGAUACCAGGUGUCCAAUCAGUGCAUGGCUCUGGUGAGAGACGAGUGCUUGCUGCCCUGCAAAGACGCUCCUGAGCUGGGCUACGCUAAAGAGUCCAGCCCCGAGCAGUACGUACCAGACGUCUUCUUCAAGGACACAGACAAGUUUGGAAAUGAUGUCACGUUUCUAGCUCGGCCUCUUCCUGUGGAGUACCUAAUCAUAGAUAUAACAACCACUUUUCCAAAGGACCCCCAGUACACCUUCUGCUCCACACAACGAUUCCCCAUUGAGAACCGUGAAAUCCUGGGAGAGACGCAAGAUUUCCACAGUUUAGCAACCUACCUGUCCCAGUGCACCUCCACGGCAUUCCUGGACAUCGUGUCAGACUUCCAUCUGCUCCUCUUCCUCGUCACCAAUGAAGUCAUGCCUCUGAGAGACAGCAUCGGGUUGCUACUAGAUGCGGUGAGGACUUCUAAUGAAGAUCUGGCACAGACCUGGAAGAAGUCGGAGCAGUGGGCCACCAUCGAGCAGCUGUGCAGUACUGUGGGCGGGCAGCCUUCCAGCUCUCAGGGUUACGGGGCCAUGGGCGGCCCCUCGGCCCCUGCCUCCUCCUCUGCCAUGUGGUCCUGCCUCCACUGCACCUUCAUGAACCAGCCCGGCACAGAGCACUGUGAAAUGUGCAGCUUGCCCCGCGGUUAAAAAACAACAACCACCUCCCUCCCUCCCUCCAUGCCCUGCUCUGUCCUGAUCUCAUCCCGCCGAGCCCUCCUCUUAACUGGCCAAUAACAUCGCUGCACCAGGACCCGCUGCGAGAUUUGGAUGCCCUUUUUUUUUCUUUUUUCACUAUUUUGCCUCACUUUGAAGCCUCUGUCCUUCCCAUCUCCCAGGCUGCCGUCUCCAGUGAAAGGGAUGUACUCGUUUACAUCCAGUUCAAUGAGUAAAUAACAAUAAACCCAGACUGUUUUAUUUGAUUUUUUUUGUAUCCCGACUCACAGCAGCUCUGAGUGGCAGGGCUCGUUAAGGUAAAGCACUUUUGGGUAAGGCCCCUUUCCCUUGACCCACUGCCCCCCCCCCCGCCCCCAACCGCCUCUGAAUUAUCAGCCCCUCAAAUAAAUGCCCGCUGUGACUCAAGACAACAGCAGAGACUCGAGUGUUUGGACGAUCUCUCACAUCAGUGCCCCUCUCACUCUCACAACGUCUUCUGGGAAAUCUUGCUGUGUAUAAAUACAUUUGAGGAAUGAUACUGUUAUUUAAUUACGCUUCUUUUUUUUUUGUAUCAGAUUGUAGCGAUACCUUAACAUUUUGAAUCUUCAGCGUGGACUCCACUCAGUCAGGUUUUUAUAGGUGUCUUUGACAAGCCCCUUGAAGUACAAUCAUCGGUCAAAGCUCGCACCUGAAAACUCUAAAAGAGCUCCAGAGUAAUUCUGCUUCAGUAGAGAGUUUAUAUUUUCAAUAUUAAAUUACCUAAAUAAGUCCCAGAGUUGAAAAGGCAUACCCCCUCCCACCCCCUCCACCCCUUAAUCAUCCUCCACUGAGUGCAGAAGUAACGUGUGCUGUUGGUGCUUAUUACCGUUUAGACUGAUGGUCCCACCAACUUAAAGUGGUUUCUUAAGAUCUUUCACUGGUUUUGUUGGAAUUGUAGCUUUUCGAUUUGGUGGUUUUGAACUUGAACAGGCAUUCUAUGUAGCUUAUUUUAUCAGCUGUAUGUUCUGUCUCUGAUAAAACUCCCCAGGACUCCA